CAUGUUUGACUACCUCAAGGUGCUGGUGCGAGUUUGUAAUGUGUUCAAAUAUGAAUUCCGAAUUGGUUAUGAAUUAAAUAGAUAUCAUUCUUAAAUAAAUACAACAAAAACGUCAGCGGAAUUCCUACUUAACUUUAUUUAAUACAUUUCUUUCCUUGUAUUUAAUUUGUAUAAGAGUAGCUCGCUAUAUGAGUUUAAGAAAUAUUAAUUUUACUAAUAAUAUAAAAGAAACAGCAUUCGAAACAAGACGAUAUGAACUCCUACGGACUCAGAAUAAAGGCUAGUGAGAGCAAAAACAACUCCAGUGGGAUGUCCUUUAAACCAGUGACUAUACCAUAUGUUUACAAAUUUGAUAAACAUGAACUUUGUAAAUCAUUUCGGAACUUGACUGCAGAAGAACAAGUCGCAGCAGUAAAAAAGUUACUCAAUAAUGUUAAGGAGUCUUAUCAUGAUGAUGUUGUGGAAUUUCUUGUAAUUACUUACCUAUGUGCGGAGAAUAAACACCCCAUAAAGUGCAUGAUAAUGAGGUUUGUCACAAAGAAUCCUUUCAUCCAAGGAUCUUUCACAGAGCACCUCACAAGACAUUUAUUACAACUUAGUAAUGAAGUCUUGGAAGAUUACAAGGAUUAUGUUAAAGUUGUAUCCAAGAUAGCGUGUUGCAUUGAGAAUUUCCCGGUCGGGGCUGUCGCUUUCAAGACUGUUGAAGUUAAGCUUGCAACAUUCCUUGAGAAAUGUUUGAUCUGCUGUGUGACGUCCUUGAGCAACGACAGACUGACUCCUACCGGCAGAAAUGAGGUGUUUGGUCUCAGUCACACAGUCCUUCGACUGCUAUUGUAUGUCAUACAAAAAAUUGAUAUGGAUAGUAUUGAUGUGAACCUUAUGUUCACGGAAAUAAGGUCUUGUUUGAAACAGCUUCUUUUUAAUGAUUCUCCGAUGGACACAAAAUCUGUGUGUGGCAUUUUGUUAGUGUCCAUGCAUAUUGUGGAGAACGGUGACAACUCCUGGGUUGAUAUAUUGACUUCUAAUAACCAAAACAUGUACCUCCAAGAGGUUCUAUUGAAUGAUUCCUGCAAGCUCAGUCUGUUGUCCGCUAUAGCCACUGUGAUCUCAAUGGACGAGCUACACACUGUCUACAUCGAUGGUGUGCCGGCGAUCAUCACAUUGACUAACGAUAUAUUGGAUCUGGGAGACAGAUAUUCUUCUGAAUCAACAUUUACCCUGGGCAUCUCUCGUACGAUAGUCCAAAUCAGCAAGGGGCUGGAGGUGUUCGGUGAGAGCGGACUCCAUCUGCUGGACAAACUGUGCGUGUUUGUCUGGUCCCAUCUCGAACACAGCACGGACAGCGUACAACAUCUCAGCGCUCAAAUACUCACUAAUAUUAUAAAAUUUUGCUCUCAUCUGAAGAAGCAGGGUAAUGAUUCGGCGAUGACCAAGCUGUUUUCAACUCUGUCGUCCCUGGAGAGGACUCGCAAGAGUUUCUACCUCAGCCUGACGGCCAUCACCAGCGAGGUCGGGUUCGACUGUGUCCGGGGGGUGUGGCCGGACAUCAUAGAAGACACGCUGAACGUGCUUCACCUGCAAGCCGUCCAAGCCAGCGCAACGACUUCGCUGGAGACACUCCUCCGGCACACACACACGGACACUCGCGGUAUACACACGCAGUGGGUGGAGCCUGUGCUGCGGUGCGUGCGCGGGGGGGCGGGGGCUGUCAACAUACUUACCAGCCUACUGAUACUCAUCGUCAAGAAGGACGGAGGGGUCGUCGACUAUAUGCUUCCAUACAUAAGAAAAGCAUCCGAAAGUCCAGAUAGCCACGAGUUGGUGUGUGCGUUGAUGCUACUGAGUGUUGUGAGACAGACGGGUCACCUGCCGGGGGGCGACGGCGGGGGUCUGUGGAGGGAGGUCAUCAGUUAUGACGCGCUGAGAACUACGGCCGUGCAUACUAACGAUGAGAUCCGGUUCCUGACCCUGUCUCUCAUGGUGGAGUCGCCGAAGUCGUCGGAGGUGUUCACGGCCGGGGAGUUGGAUAUCAUCCUGUGGUUCCUCUCAUACAACAUCAACGACCAGUCGCCGCACUUCAAACAACUGGUCCUGUCUCUCAUGAAGAAGUUUUUCAAGCGUUUAGAACAAAGUCACAAAACCCUUUUAAAGGAAGCGCUGUCAGGAGGUGACGGGCGCCAGGGUGAUUACUACUCGGAGUUCCUGGACAGACUGACGGAUCAAUGUUUCGAGAGCUUGAUCCCGGGCGGGAACCACAACAGACGACACGCAGCGUUACAGAUACUGCUCUGGAUCGAGAAACUACAGCUCGAGGGAACACUCAGACAUCUCGUGACAUCCAAUGAGGCCAACGCCGGAACACCGCCUGACCGCGUGUCGCUUCUGCUGGAUGCCCUCGCUGACAGCUACGAGAGCAACAAAGAUAUGGCGCUCCGCCUGCUGUACGGAUGUCCUUCCGAAGUGAUUUACCGCGCCGAGCACGCGGCGACCCUUAAUCUGGAGUCGGUCAUGAGACAAGCCUCGUCUGUGAAGCCUACUGAAUGCGUGACGGCGGCCUACAAGCUGAGACUGCUGGCCACCAAACCGACCAAGCAAAUCGGCGAGGACUGUGAAACGGCAGGCGAGGUGUCGUUCAGGCUCCUGCGGGUGCUGCUGGCGCAGGUGGAGCAGCAGCUCGCGGUGUGUGAGGCAGACCUCGCGCUGGGCGCCAGACACGCUCCGCUCUACGGCCUCCUGCACUGUGUGGGGACCGCCUUACACCUCCUUGAUGAAGGCUCGUGGUCUCCGGCUUUCACGUGUAUGUGUGAGUCGUUGGUGGCUGUGUGUGCGUCCGUGUGUGCGUGCACCGCCCCCGUGCUGAACAGCGCCGCCCCCGAGGGUCAUAUGCCGCACGCAGAUGGGGGUAAGAUUCGCCUGGAGGACGGCAGCGAGGUGACCGCUCAGAUGGUGCUGCUGUGUGCUUGGAGGUCUGUUAAAGAGGUGUCCUGGAUCCUCAGCUUGAUAGUGGCCAAGAUGACGGCGUGUCCCGAGGUCGGCCGCAAGGUGGCGCUGGUGCAGAACAUCGGAGACACCUUCCUCCAGCUGCUCACCGACAUCAAGCAUCGAGGGGCCUUCGAGCAGGUCUACGUCGGGUUCAGCAGGGUGUUGUCCUGUUUGUGGCGCGACCAGGAGCCGGCCCUGAACCAGCUGCCGCGGCGCUGGCUGACUUCGCUCAUGACGGACAUCGAGAGCGGACACGGCACCAGUAGGGUCUGUGAAACUCGGCGGAGCGCCGGCCUGCCCUUCAUGAUACAGGCGCUAGUGGUGUCGGAGCUGCAGGUGUGUCCGGGCUCGUUCCCGGGCUGCAUCUGGUCGCUGCUGCGGGCGGCUCGCUCAUCUUCGCUGGCCACUCGCUGUCACGCCAUGAACAUCCUCCGCGCGCUGUAUCGCAGCUCCGCCCUCGGAGGAGCCACGGAGGCGGCGGGCGGCGGCGCCGGGACCGCCCUGCAACUCGCCAUACAGGCCUGUGAGAGUGAUGCGUGGAUUGAGCGUAACUCCGCGACCCUGCUGUUCUCGGCGCUGAUGGUGCGCGUGUUCGGGGUGCAGCGCUCCAGAGACAGCGAGCACCUGUGUCUGCGGAACAGAAUGACCGGACGAAUAUUCUUCCUCAGAUAUCCGCUGCUGUAUGACUUCAUGUUGAACAAGUUACAAGAGGCGAGCGCCGUGGACACGCUGCACCCGGCCUUGUACCCCGUGUUACUGCUGCUAGCGCGACUCUACCCGUCCGCGCUGGAGGGAUCCGUCUCCAUAUUAAAGCUGGUGUCGUUCGUGCCGGGCGUGCUCGUGUGCGGGCGGGGGCCGGCGCUGCACGUGCGGCAACUGGCGGCGCGCGCCCUCACCCCGCUCAUACCGCACACACAGUACUUAGCACAAUUAGAAGCUCUGUUCACAUCACUGAGUGACCCGAGGGCGAAGAGGAAUUUCAUUCACGGCACCUUACUGCAGAUCAUUAAGCUCCUCGACAGCUUCCCGGACUCCGUCUCCAUUGACGCCGAGGCAGGCGCCAGGUUUAUGGUUCUCAUACAAAGAGGUUCUUGGAUUUUAGAGCAGAGCGAGUCACAAACGCCCUGCUACGUUAUAAUUGAUGAAUUCAUUAAACUGGUUCACAUUGUUCUAUGGAAAUUCCCCUCACUGAUGGAAAAGAAUCAUCUGAGUUACAUCCAGAGCCGCCUGACCAAACUGUUAUUUGAUGAAAUCCAAUGCACCAUCACUCCGGGGCGCGAGCUGUGCCUCGCGGACGCGGUGCACUUGCUGCUCAUAAUGAACGGUCACGGCGACUGUGGCGACGUCUCGCGCUCGCUGUACGCCUGCCUCACUCACCAGACUUACGAAGUCGUCUUGGCCGCCUUGAACUACAUCCUCAUCGUACACGAGAUGCUGGAACCGGAGAAUACUCUACACGAGCAUAUACAACGAACCCGGAACACGAGGGUUCUGGACGCGCUGAGAACAGAUCCGGAGUACAUACGAGUGUUGUGUAAAGUGUUAAAGAACAGCAGAUACUUGGAAUGUAUACAGAAGUGUCUGACAGCCCUCACCCUGGAGCCCGACACGCAGAGACACAUAGUGCGGACCAAGAGCGGCGAGGGAGACGUCAGCGAUGACGUCAUCCUGACGAGCUACUUCGAUUACAUCGAGAACGAACACGAAAACUUCAUACAUAUAUAUCUGAAGGGACUCGCCAAGUUCCUGGAGGAUAAGCUGCAGACCACGGAACACACCAAGAUACUCGAGGCGGUCAGGAUUAUGUUCAGGUGCAGUCUAUCAGACAACAGCGAGGACACCCGGGCUGUCGUCGUUGAGUUCAUACAGAAGAAUCUGGAGCGACUGAUGACUAAACAUUAUGACGAGCUGGACGAGGCGGACCAGUUCGAGCUCAGGGCCACCGUGUGGAGCACGUGCGUCGCUCUCCUGGAGGACGACGACUCCCGCACACGCACGCUCACCGCGCACACGCUCACACGCUACUGUGACGUCACGCGGACACACAGACACGUGCUGCCGGCCAGGGCCAGGGACUUCCUGCUGCACCACAUACAGACCCGCGAGACGCACGGCCUCGCCCUGCUGGCCGUGCUGGCGCUCCUCAGCUUCCACUGCGAAGUCUCCUACACGGACGAACUCGCCGAUGAGAGUCGCGUUUUCGACCACAACGAGAAAUACAACACGCACCUGGAGGAGACCGUGUGGGCGGUCGCCUGCGGUGACGUCAUCAACGACAUGCACCCACACGCGGACGUACGACGACGACUGUGUGACGUCAUCGAGGACCGCUCCUACAGACAGACGUUCCGCGCGCUGUGCCGCGACAACGUCGAGACAUAUAGGAGGAUGGUGGAGGCGGACGAGUACACCUGUGACGGGAAUCAGAAAGUAGAGGCUUUCGUGAAACGAUUGACAAGAAGAUAGUUCUGUGUAAGGUAUCACCUGCGGGUAUUGGUUCCGCCAUGGUCCCCGCCCCGCCCCGCCCCGCCCCGUCCACACACAUCAUGAUGCUAUCAAUAGCUUCUAUACAGUGAAUAUAUAUUAAUUUUAUUUUAGUGACUCGCCGCACAUAUCUUUUCGAAUGAAAGCCGCAAUUAAAGAAUAUUUUGAAUAAACAUUUUAUUUACAAA